CUCUCCAGAAAGGAACAAAUAUCUCCAGUGUUAUUGCUCUAAUGCCUAGCGUGCUGGGUACCACUCUGUACAGUGUAUGCUUGUUGAGUGGAUGAUGCUCUCACGCUUCUGAGUCCCUCUGAAGCUCUGGGUCUGUUUUCUAAGAUGUUCUACAAAAGCUUCUGGUGGAGGGGGUGGGAACUGACUUCCAGAGUCUUUCUUGUCACCCACCAUGUUUUGGGAGCCUCCAUUUGAAAGAAAAGGGAUUGUUUCAAGGCAUUCUAUGUGCACAAGUUCAGAGCCAUGCUUGGGAAGAACCGACUCAUCUUUCCUGGUGAGAAGGUGCUCUUGGCAUGGUCUGGGGGGCCUUCGUCCAGCUCCAUGGUCUGGCAAGUUCUUGAGGGCCUCAGUCAGGACUCUGCAAAACGGCUACGCUUUGUGCCAGGAGUCAUCUAUGUUGAUGAGGGAGCAGCCUGUGGCCAGAGCCUACAAGACAGAGCGAAGACCUUGGCUGAGGUGAAGCUGAUCCUGCAGAAAACUGGCUUCCCAUGGCAUGUGGUUGCCUUGGAGGAGGUGUUUGGCUUGCCACCAUCGGUGCUGUGCUGUGCUUCCCAGGAGCCAGCAGGGACGGAGGAGGCCUACAAGGCUGCCGUGGACAGCUUCCUGCAACAGCAGCAUGCACUAGGGGUGGAGGGCUGUGCAAGCCCAGCUCAGGGAAAGGAUCAGCUCCACCCAUCCCACAGCCAGGAGCCUCUAGGCCCAGCUGAACCCCCUGUAUCUGCUCAGACUGAAGCCUUGUCUAGGUUGUUCAACUCCAUAAGGACACUGACGGCCAAAGAGGAGCUUUUGCAGACCCUGAGGACCCAUCUGAUCGUGCAUGUAGCACGGACCCAUGGCUACUGCAAGGUGAUGACUGGAGAGAGCUGCACCCGUCUGGCCAUCAAGCUUAUGACCAACUUGGCCCUGGGGAGAGGAGCCUUCCUUGCCUGGGACACGGGCUUCUCAGAUGAGCGACAUGGGGAUGUGGUGGUGGUGAGACCCAUGCGGGACCACACACUGAAGGAAGUGGCCUUCUACAACCACCUGUUUGGUGUCCCCUCGGUCUUCACAGCAGCUAUUGAUACCAAGGCUCCAGAAAAGGCUAGCAUCCAUCGGCUGAUGGAGGCCUUCAUCCUGAGGUUGCAGACUCUGUUCCCCUCUACAGUCAGCACUGUGUACAGGACAAGUGAGAAAUUGGUCAAGGCUCCCCGGGAGGGUUGUGCCACUGGCCCCUCAGGCCCCAGCUGCCUCCUCUGCAUGUGUACACUGGACAUUGACACUGCUGGUGCGUGCAGGGCCUUCUUGGAGUGCUGUGUGGGUGGUUAUUUGGCUAUCCCAGGGUCCCCUCAGCCCCUCUCUGUUGCAGACAGUGCCACGGCCUUUGGGGCUCAGUCCUCCUCACAUCUCUCCCAGAUGCUGCCUGCAGAGGCUGGGAUGCCUACUCCACCCUGCUGUGGUGCAGGGGAGGGUCAGGCCCAGAGCUGCCAGAGGGCAGUCGGCGGGAGGGGGGACGCACAGGCCUGCAUCACAGAGCAGCUGUGUUAUGGCUGCCGGGUGAACAUGAAGGACCUGCCCUCCCUGGACCCAUUGCCACCUUAUGUCCUGGCUGAGGCUCAGCUCCGCAGCCAGAGGGCCUGUGUCUCUCAGGAAAUCCGGGAGUAUCUGAUUACAGACGAUGAUGAAGAGGCAGAGGAAGGGAGAGCAGAGCCUGGGCAGGCCCAGCCAUGCAAAGCCGUGAAGCAGGAAGGCGAGGACACGGGGAUUGGUCUGUGACUGUCC